AUGAAGGGCAAAGAGACAGCGCCACGAUCAUACCGAGAUGCAUCUUCAUCAUCUUCAUCUGAAGAUUCUUCCCAUCCAUCUUCGCGACCUUCUGGGCCGAGCAAGAGCAGGUUCGAGCCGCGACCCUCCUACCUCGACCCGGCCGUGGCGUCGCCCCUGCAGCGGUCCGAGUUUCGAGGCUUCUUCAACCUGGUGGCCAUGAUGGCCGCCUUCUACAUCAUCAGCACCAACGUGAGCUUCUUCCUACGCCACGGCACCCUGGUCGGGCUCCGGUCUCUUGUACGCCUCAUCCCGCUCGACAUGCUGCCCGCCUGGUGCGCCCUGGGCGCCGCGCCCUUCUCUGCCUACGCCCUCGAGUGGGCCUGGGUCAGGUGGACGGCCGCCCGACGACGACAGCGACCGGCAGGGCCGCCGCCGCCGCUGUGGCAUACGCUGCAGACCACGAUCUUCCUCACUACGCUCUACCUGCUCGUGGUCGCCUCGGAGUGGCCGGUGGUGCCGAUGGGCACCUUCCUCCUCCACAUGAUCGUGCUCGUCAUGAAGAUGCACUCGUACCUCGUCACCAACGCCGAAUUCGCACUGGCCGCGGCCGCCGACGUAAAGGGCCGGAAGACGGCCAAGACCACCGGCACCAGUGUACAGAAGGAGAAGGGCGAGACUGAUGCUGCGACCACGAAGGAGGGGCUGGUGGCAUACCCCCACAACGUCACGUUCUGGAACUUCUUCUACUUCCUCUGCGCGCCCACCCUCGUCUACGAGCUUAACUACCCGCGCACCGAGCGCGUCAGAUGGGGAUAUGUGACGGAGAAGUGCCUCGCCGCGGUGGGUGUCUUUUCCGUUCUGCAUAUCGUCAUCGACCAGCACAUCACCGCCGUCCUGCUGCGAGCCCCGGUGAUGUCGGUCGUAGAGACAAUCGCGGCGUUGAUCACUCCGUUGCUGUUUUGCCACAUCAUGAUAUUCUACAUUAUGUUCGAGCUGAUCCUCAACGGCAUCGCCGAGGUCCUCUGCUUUGCCGAUCGUCGCUUCUACGACGACUGGUGGAACAGCACCACGUGGGACGAGUACGCCCGCAAAUGGAACAAGCCCGUGCAUGAGUGGUUGCUGCGCCACGUCUACCUGGAGUCGAUCAACACCUACAAGACGUCGCGCUUGCGUGCCACCUUCAUCACCUUCCUCUUAUCCGCCGUCUUGCACGAAACGGUCUUUGCCGUCAUAUUCCGGAUGGUGCGGCCCUACCUCUUCCUCCUGCAGAUGGGCCAGCUGCCGCUCAUCUACCUCGGGCGCAAGCUCAAAAACACGCGGGCGGGCAACUUCUUCUUCUGGUUUGGCCUCAUACUGGGCGUGCCGCUGCUGGCGACGGUCUACUGUCGGGAGUACUACUACGCUCUCUCGCUCAAGGACAACCCCUACAUCGACGCCGACAUCAUCACCUCCUAG